UGUAUAUUUUAAUGUAAUUCGUUUUUAUACUGUUUUUAUUAAACUACGUGUUUUUAUAGUCCUAUUCAGUGUAGCUUAUAGCAGACUAUAGCAGCAAGGCCCGGCGAUUGCCCGUAAAAGCAGCGUCCCGGACCAAACUACCGUUAUAAACCAUAUAACAGUUCUUUAUAAAUAAGGUUCUAUGAGGCACGUCAUGGGACAUGGGGAUUGUCUCGUUUUUUUUAUACAGGUUUAUGUACACAUUUGCCCCUCUGUCAUUAUACUGGGUCCUCUUGGAAGCAUUGUAACAGCAAGGCUUGGGUACAGGAGAGGCAUGGUUCUAGGGGGUGUGCUACAAUCGUGUGGGUUUGUUCUCUGUGCAUUUGCUCCAACUCUUGUCUCGUUGGACAUCGGGCUUUUUAUAACAGGAUUCGGUUGCAGCAUAAUCUACGUUGGGUUGAUCUCAGUUGUGCUGGGUGAGGUCUUCCAGAAGAACCGAUCACUCGUGUCAGCGAUUAUAACGAGUAGUGGUAGUUGGUAUGUGGCCGCAUAUGGGCCUUUGAAUCAAAUGCUCAUUGAUCACUAUGGUUGGAAAGGAUCCCUUCUUAUAACAGCGGGUGUUACACUAAACAUCGUGCCUUUUUCAAUGCUUUAUAUUUCAACUUACCGAUCCAUCAUGUCAGAAACUAGCAAGUACACGGAAGAACCACAGAACAUAAGUAAAAGUGAUGACGAACCUAAACCCCAUGGGUUUCUUGCUUCAAUUGUUCAUUACUCCGGCAUCCAAACUUUAAAUCUUUACUCUGCUACCGUUGCGAUGGCCACGUCGUUUACAUCCGUUAUAGAAAAUUGCGUUUCCUUGAUCCUUAUCAAGUUUGCUCUCUCCAUUGGCUACACACACUAUGAGGCGGUUUAUUUACAAACGUUAUAUGUUAUAGUUACUGUUGUUUCUAAGUUUAUAAUCGGUUAUAUUACAAGCAUCAACCCGAAUCUACAAGAAGAAGAACCUCUUUUAAGUGAUGCCACGUCAUCAACAGGGUACUGCACGUCCAAAUGUCCCAUGGUACGACGAUCUUAUGUGUUCUCAGCUUUCGCUUUAAUGUAUUCCCUCUCCGUUCUUAUACCGAUCAAACCAACCAAGCAGAGUUUUGUUGCGUAUUGUGUUCUUGCUGGAAUUAGCAGCGGCCCCCUCUCUUCGACAGGAAUAACGGUGGCUGCAGAUAUGUUUGGGAGAGAUGCUUUUCAACAUAUCUUCGGACUUCGUAGUAUGCUGCUUGGCAUUAAUCUGAUCGCAGUUUCAGUAUUGGACGGGUAUCUUAUAAAGCUACCGGGUACUUUUGACAACGAGCAAUAUCUAUUCUGUGGAUUAGCAGCGUUAUCGGCGGCUGGUGUUUUCGUUACUCAAAUUUUGUGGAUCAGAAACCGACAUUAAAGUUCUGGAAAAAGCUGGAAUAAAGUUAUUUUGGGAUAGAUGGUUUUAUA